UCUUUUGUGAUCAUGUAGACUUUGGCUGGCCAACCCUGCUCCUGAAGAUACACCGCUCUGCAGCCCUAAUUUAACACCAUGAUACAGAUAAUCGGGGCUUCAGUAGCAUCUCAGUAUUGGAGUCGGAUAUGUUGAAGUAAAGCUGCCUCUAACCUAAGCUUUGCAAGGUGGUUCAUGUCCAGGAACAGGGAUGGGGCAGCCCAGAUGUAAUUUACAUUUAUGCUAUGAAAUAUUAUUUAUCUGUGGCUGAUGCAGCUGUGUGUUUUUAGGCUGUAUUGUUUAUAUUUCGGGAUGGUUUGGAUUUAGUUUGUUUAAUUAGCCGUUCUGUUGCUAGCACUAAACGUUUUAUAUAUCCUUUAUUUGCAAAUUGUUAAAAAAAAAAAAAGUCUUAAACAGUGACUGGAAUGAACAAAAACCUGUAAGCGGUGUUAAGUGAUUUCCGGUGGAGACGGAGCUAGGCCCCAGCGGGAAUCACCUGGUGUGGAUCGGCACAAAAAUGAGAAAGAAGAGUAGAAAAAGAGCUGCUUCUGAAAUGAGCCCUGAGAGGCUGUCAGGCUGUAGAGUCACAGAAGAAGGCUAUUCUUUCCUGGCUUCAGCUCUGAGGACAAACCUCACAAACCUGACAGAGCUGAAUCUGGUCUACUAUCAACCAGGAGACUCACGUGUGAAGCUGCUCUCUGUUGUACUCAAGGAUUUCAGCUGUAAAUUGGAGAUGCUGAAUGCUCCACUACAAAAAGUGGACCAGUGUGGAGUCACAAAACAAUGCUGUCCGGUUUUGGCCUCAGCUUUAAAAUCAAACCCCUCACUCCUGAGAGAGCUGAGCCUGAGCCACAAUGACCUGCAGGAUUCAGGAGUGAAGCUGCUCUCUGCUGGACUGGGUUUUCCACACUGUAAACUGGAGAUACUGAGGCUGGCAGGCUGUAGUGUCACAGAAGAAGGCUGUUCUUCCCUGGCUUCAGCUCUGAGGUCAAACCCCUCACACCUGAGAGAGCUGGACCUGAGCUACAAUCACCCAGGAGACUCAGGAGUGAAGCUGCUCUCUGCUGUACUGGAGGAUCCCAGCUGUAAACUGGAGAAGCUGAAGUUGGACCGGUGUGAACUCACAGAGACAUGCUGUGAGGCGUUGGCCUCAGUUUUAAGAUCGAAAUUCUCACCCCUGCAAGAGCUGCACCUGAGCAACAAUGACCUCCGGGAUUCAGGAGUGAAGCUGCUCUCUGCUGGACUGAGGGAUUCACACUGUAAACUAAAGAUACUGAGGCUGGCAGGCUGUAGUGUCACAAAAAAAGGCUGUUCUUCCCUGGCUUCAGCUCUGAGGUCAAACCCCUCACACCUGAGAGAGCUGGACCUGAGCUACAAUCACCCAGGAGACUCAGGAGUGAAGCGGUUCUCUGCUGUACAAAAUUUUUAUCACUGA